AUGGACGGACUAGUCGUGUUGUGUCUUUGCUGUCGUUGUACCUGCUUUCGACGACGGAAGCGAAGUAAAGUAUCAAUCGAAAAUCCGGAUGUAUCGGUGAUUCAAGAUUUGUACAAACAAAGAUUGUCGGCAGGCACACAACCAUCAACACAUCCUUUACUAAAGACUUAUGCUGAUAGUCAAAUUAACGUCAGCAGUGAUCUUCCUGGAUACAACGUAGUUCCACCUGCACCGGAACCCAUAUAUUGGCAUGGAAAGAAAAACGAAGCUUCGCUAGAGUCGUUCACUGCUGGUGAGGAGUUUACAAGAGCUUACCCCCCUCUAGAGGUAUUACCUCCCGCCGACCACCUGGAGCUCAUUAAAAACAAUGGUGUGCACGCUUGGAGAUUGUCUUAUGAUACGAACGCAUUGCAGAGCUUGGUAACUAUUACAAAGGAUGGUCUCGGUGCUAAAUUUCACACGACAAAUGAUGUUGCUGUCCAAUCAAACUACCCACUUUUCAGUUUGUCCGAACUCCAAUCUGGCGUUCUACAUUACUUUGAAAUGACAAUUCUUUCCAACGAGUCUCCUGAUUCUACCACGAUUGCAAUCGGUCUCUGUACUAAACCAUAUCCCUCUUUCCGUUUACCCGGAUGGAAUCUCCACUCGGUCGGAUAUCAUUCGGACGAUGGACAUAAAUUCAACGAUGCAUAUGGCGGAAGAGAAUAUGGACCCUCGUGGGGUGUGGUCGGAGAUACUAUCGGUUGCGGAUAUUCCGCGGAUACCGGAUUUGUGUUCUUUACAAAAAACGGAGAAUUUCUUGGAAAUGCAUUUACUGGCAUAAGACACGUAUGGUUCCCGAGUAUUGGCGCUGACGGUAAAUGUGAAGUUGAUGUCAACUUUGGAUCGAAGACAUUUGUAUAUUCAGGUGCUAAAGGUUUUGGUGCUAGCGGGCCAAUAACAGAAGAGAAACAGUACUGA